AUGUACAUGUUUCAGGGCAGCAUGGGCGGCAUCGGGGUGGGCGCGCUGGGCGGCGCGGGUGGCGUGCUCGCGGCGGAGGUGUGCGCACCGCUGCUGCUGCUGUGCUGGUUAUGUUGCUGGCCCGACGACGACCGUUCUGAUUCUAGCUCUGAAAAGUAUCCUCAAAAGCCUGUUAUAUCUAACGAGUCAAAUUCACGACAACGCUCGAACGAAUUGUUCGCGAGACGCUUUGGAAGUAGCGCGGUGUCCUUACACACGCCCAGCACCUCUGGUCACACGAAACAGCCACUGUCUUCUCACAGGAGUCACGAGGAGAUUCGGUGCAGACGAAAAUCGCAUUUGGAGCCAGCUGAUCCAGACGCCCGCUACCAUUCCGCGCCCAGCGUCAUUGACGAAGUCAUACACAGAAGAGACUGGGAACGAUCUACCAAAGAUCUCUACAUACCCCUAAAGUCGGACAAUGAAUUCUCCAACGCGAGCGACGUCUCCGAUAUAUCAGAUAAAGAGGAAUCCCUGGAAGAGACCACGGAUAAAGUAGUCGUUAGAACCUGCAAGAAACAUUACAAGAACAUUAAAUCUUCCCGUAAAAAAGAUCUCAACAAAGAAUCACUGAACGAUGACAUCAAAGACCAGGACGCCACUGAGAGUGUGACUAACUUUUAUAUCGGUGAUGCGACGGACACCACGAGCCCAAACGAGAACACUAACGAAAUAAAAGCGGACGAUAAAGUUAAGAAACCGUAUAAAGCAAAGGAAGCUAAACAAUGUCUGAACGAAUCUAUUAGGAGCAAAGAUAUAGGCCGGAACAGACAGCCACUGGUGCCUUUGACGGAGUUCCAAGUGGCUGGCUUUGAACUACAUGACAUCGAUGAUGUGGAGCUGGACCGAUCUGGCGCAAUGCAUCACACUGUUGAAUCUCGUUCCAGUUCAUACAACACUCAUACCAUACCGGCGCCACCGCCUUCCGUAGAGGCGGUGGGGUACGAGUGGGAGGCGUCGUACAUGGAGGAGAGCGGCGCGGCGGGCGUGUGGCGCGCGCCGGGCGCGGGCUGGGCGCGCGCGCGGCACGCCAGCGCCGGCGACGUGCUCGCGCCCGCGCGCCGCCCGCAGUCCGGCGCGCUCUCCGAGAGUGAUCUAGACUUCGAGCUGGAAGGCUGUGACGAUCCCCCACCCGCCUACGACGAGGUCGAACUGUUGGCUUCCUUGGAUAGGAAGGAGACGGCUAUAUAG